AUAUAGAUGGUCGGAUGAGUGUAAUCAAGCGCCGCGCCAGUAUCUCAUGCACACAUAUACUGGCGCUGCAGACGCGGCGCUACAUUUCAUUACAUGACACUCAUCCGACACUAGGCCUAUACCGCUGCAGCAGAGGAAGCCUACGGCACAUGUCUGAUUUCAUUUAGUUCUUACCAAGCAGCCUAUCUAAAUAUCAGGAGGCGUGAUAACGAGGAGCUGUACAUCUAACAUCAUGCAGUGGUUGGUCGGGUUGUUACUUGUUCAAGUAAGUAUUACUGUGGCUGAACCGUAUUACGGCAAGGAGAUUGGUGUCUUACGAACUGUGUUUCAUGGCGUCAGUGGAACUGUCAGAGCUGCCGAUUCACAAACACUUGUCAUCGAAAAUUUCAACUAUGAUGGUACUGCCCCAGAUGCAUUUGUUUGGAUUGGGACAACAUCACAACCUGAUUCAACAGGCACCAUAGCUCCUGUGGUUCCAGGAAGUGAAACCAAGCUUGGGGAGUACCGUGGCACCAAUCUGGUCGCAUAUUUACCAGGCUCCAUGACGGUACAGGAUUAUAAAUGGAUAUCCAUCUGGUGUAGAAAUUUUAGUGCCAACUUUGGUGAUGUCUACAUCCCAGACAGCUUUCGCAACCCAGCCCCUCAUGACUUGGGAGCAUUGCCAACUCGUGCUCAUCGGGUCAAGGCAGACAACGUGCAAAUCAAAGAUGCAAGGACCCUCAUAGUUACAAAUUUGUUUUAUGAUGGUAAUGGACCAGAUGCCUAUUUCUGGGCAGACACAAGCAACCGUCUGACUUCACAGGGGACUAAACUCAUCUUUAGGCCUGGGCUAUCAAAUGCCGGAUCAAAUCAGAGGCUGAGAGUUGCUUUGGAUGGGGAAGACUUUACAGUCGCCAUGCCACCAAGGAUGACCAUCUAUGACUUCAAGAGCUUUGGUCUGUGGUGUGUUGCAGCAACACAGAAUUUUGGCAGUAUUGCAUUUGACCCAGCAACAAUCAAUGUUCCAGCAGUGCUUGACCCUCCACCGACUUACCCAAAUUGUGAGGUUCUCUUAGAGGAUGAGUUCCAAGUCCAGUGGCGAAUCAAUGCUGAGGAUAGCAGCAUUACUGUUGAGAUGGCAGGCCGUGUUACGCCUGGUAACUACCUGGCAUUUGGCUUGAGUGGCUCAGAGAAUGAAACCUUGAUGGAUGGUUCAGAUGUUGUAGUAGGUUGGUUGGAUGAAAACACCAUGAGCCCUAUGGUGGUGGAUUACAACUUGCAGUCCAAGGCACAAUGCUCUAUUAAUGACGGUCGAGGAGCGUGCCCAGAUGAUAUUCAAAGUGUUGGAGGAGCAAAUAAUGUCAUGUUGGGAGAUGUGCUGUUUGAUGGGGGAAUCAAAAGACUUUCCUAUAAACGACCUCUGGACACAGGUGAUUCAACCGACCAAGUUAUUCCUACAGACCGUCCAGUCUUCAUCUCAUGGGCAAUUGGCCCCAUUAAUCCUGAUGGAAGAGUUGCCAAACACGUCAGAGCUCCGUCAGGUGACAUCCAGAUCAACUUUGGCCGAGGCUCUUCAAGCUGCCCAGCUUUGACUGAUUCUACCGGUGGGGGUAGCCAGCUGCCCGCAUGGCCCGCCCCAACAAUCAAAGAUGUCACUGAGUUCAGAGUGGAGAUUGGACAGUCUGGAGGGGUACGUGGUUACACAGGCAUCACAGGCAAGACUGGUUGGGGCAUCGCAUGGUACGUCAACGGACUCUUAAUCCCAGAGAUUACUGUCAAGAGGGGUGUCAAUUACACCUUUACGGUCUUUGGAGGUGACGACAGUGAGAAGUCGGCCCAGUAUCAUCCCUUUUACAUCACUGAUGACAGUGAGGGUGGCUAUGCUCAGAAAACAUCUCAAGGAAAAGCGAGUGUAACGAUCUACGCUGGAGAAACUGAGGGUCCUUACUGUAGCUGGCAAGAGAGCGAAUCAGGAGUCAAUGCGGAUGACUAUAACAGCUUUGACGCCUACAAGAUGAAAUUGGAGCGUGUUUGUACAGGAUCCAGCACCAAUGGAGGCAAGCUGUAUUGGACCCCGGAUGAGAACACACCAGAUGUAGUAUACUAUCAGUGCUACACCCAUCGUUUCCUUGGUUGGAAGAUCAACGUCAGCUCAGCCAGCGGACUUGAGAUUUCCCUGACCCUUCUCCUGGCUAUGCUGGGCUUUGUCACUCUCUUCUAAAUCACAAGAGGUCACUGGGAUCAGUCAUUCCAGUUGAUCAAUAAGCCAGUUUGGGGUUCCAACUUCAUAUGCACAGAUCACAAUUUUCUGCAAGGGAUGGAUGAUUUUUUUAAAUAGAAAAAAUAAUAAACUAUAGCAACAAAUUGAAGAAAGCCUCUAUUUCUGACACAUUCCAAAAACUUUGGGCUACACGUGCCAUGUAUAGUGUAAUUUGUAUACUCUAACUUUUCUGAAAGCGUUAUUGUGAUUUGAAAAUUGUAAUGUGAAAAGUGUGCAGUUGGAACACAAAAAUGGCUUAUAAGCACCAUUUACGCAGGUUCGAAGUGGCUUUUUAAUUUUAAUUUGUUUUUAACAAUGAUAAUCAAUGACAUUUGUAAAUCUUGAAGUAUGAUU